AUGAAAAUACCUUUUAGAGGAAAAUUCCCCCCGUUUGCAGAGCUCGUCAGUCUUGGAAGUAACUUCUUUUUGAGAUCGAUUCUAUCCAUUGUAAUGCUUUCAGCCUUUUUAAAACUUUGUGCCAUGGACAAACUUUGGCUUGUUUUACUAUCUUUUAUAUUGACAUUCGGCAUAUCAUUUGAACUGAUCUCAAUCACUAAGAAGAAAAGUGAAAACUAUGUCCUGAGUCCUUUGCUCAUCGCUACGAUCUACCUUGCUAUUUUUUUCUUCAAUACUCUUCCUGCUUUAGUAAUGGUCUACCCUGAAAAAAAAAUACUCAGUAGACUCAACUCUUUUAAACCCUUGGUCUUUGCCUUGUAUUCUAUUGGCUUGAUGUUGUCAGUUAUCAGUUUUACAAGAGAGUUGUUAGUACCACAACUCCUUUUACUUGCUAUGACGCACAUCGCUGUAUCCGUAUGUAGUCUUGCCUGUGCCCUUAGUAUCAAAAACAUCAUCCAUGGGAAAUUCUUUUAUGUCUACCCUGCUCUACUCGUUAUUAUGAAUGAUAUAUUUGCCUAUCUCAUAGGAAAGUCAUUCGGCAGAACACCUCUGAUUUCACUGAGUCCAAACAAGACGGUUGAAGGGCUUGUUGGUGGAUUUAUCUUUACUUUUAUUACUGGAAUGGUUCUGUCGUUCCUGAAAAUUAAAGGGCUAUUUUUGUCUGACAUGAUGGAUGGCAAACUAAGUGAGCCAUUGAAUUCUAGUAGAUGGUAUCUCAAGUUUCCUUGUGUUUACUUUCACAACUUACUGUUUGUAAUGGCUGCUUCAUUUUUUGCACCUUUUUGUGGCUUUCUUGCCUCAGCCAUUAAACGUGCAUUUGGAAAAAAGGAUUUUGGUGCCCUAAUUCCUGGUCAUGGAGGAAUAACCGAUAGGUUUGACUGCCAGGUAUUAAUGGUGUUCUUUACAUAUUACUAUUUGAAAGGUGUAAUGGAUUUUGAAAAUUCAACAAUUACAAUAGCCUAUAACUAUUUGAUAGACAAUUUGAAAGAUAAAGAAAUUCAGAAACUCUCGGAAAUACUACGUAGAAAUGUGCAUUAA